CUUUUAUAAUCUUCCUUCUUCACUCUACAUAGUUUCAGGGCUCAACUUCAAUCCAGAGCUCUAUCUCUCUAUCUCUCUCUCUCUCUCUCUUUCUCUUUCCCUUUGUUUUCCUCUCUUUCCAAACAAUCUCCUUUAACAGAAAUAUCUAUACAUCAAUCUACAAAAAGAAAAAACCACCAUUGUUUUGAUUGAUACAAUACAAUUCCAAAAGCAAUGGCUUCACCACCAGACACAAGCAAAACCAUAAAGUUAGAGAGAUACAACAGUUAUCUUCUUCGCAGAAUGCACACCACAAAGAUCCUAAGUGCUUCUUCUAAGUUACUCUUCCGCUGUACACUUCUUAUAGCCCUUGUUCUUAUUCUAUUCUUCACCAUCAACUAUCCUCCACUCUCGGAUCAUGGCAGCAGUCCCAACAAUAACAAAUUGCAUCAUCGCAGCUUUCUCUCUACUGCUUUCUUCGCCUCUUCCUCAGCCAUAGGUGGCGCCUCUUGGGAAAAACAAGUCCGUCACUCCUCUACUCCUCGCAGACCUAGUGGGCUCUCAGUCUUGGUCACUGGAGCUGCAGGUUUUGUGGGAUCGCACUGCUCACUCGCCUUAAAAAAGCGAGGCGACGGAGUUCUUGGCCUGGACAAUUUUAACAACUACUAUGAUCCCUCACUUAAAAGAGCUAGGCAACAGCUUCUUCUCAAACACCAGGUUUUUAUCGUGGAAGGUGAUAUAAAUGAUGGCCAAUUACUUGCCAAGCUUUUCGAUGUGGUGCCAUUCACUCACAUACUGCAUCUAGCUGCUCAGGCUGGCGUUCGCUACGCUAUCCAAAACCCACAAUCUUAUAUCAGCUCAAACAUUGCUGGUUUCGUUAAUCUUCUUGAAGUUGCCAAAACCGCAAACCCACAACCUGCAAUUGUGUGGGCUUCGUCGAGUUCUGUUUAUGGGCUGAACACUGAAGUACCCUUUUCAGAAAUCGAUAGAACAGAUCAGCCAGCAAGCUUAUACGCAGCUACAAAGAAAGCUGGUGAAGAAAUUGCGCACACUUAUAACCAUAUUUACGGUCUUUCCCUAACUGGGUUACGAUUCUUUACAGUGUACGGUCCAUGGGGAAGACCCGAUAUGGCAUAUUUUUUCUUCACUAAGGAUAUCUUGCAAGGUAAGCAAAUAGAUAUUUAUCAGACACAAGAUCAGAAACAGGUGGCGCGUGACUUCACUUACAUUGAUGAUGUAGUGAAAGGAUGCGUCGGAGCGUUGGACACGGCGGAGAAGAGUACAGGAAGUGGUGGAAAAAAGAAAGGUCCAGCUCAACUGAGGGUGUACAAUCUUGGAAAUACCUCACCAGUUCCUGUAGGGAAACUGGUGUCUAUCUUGGAGAAUCUUUUGAAUACUAAAGCCAAGAAACAUGUCAUCAAGAUGCCAAGAAAUGGGGAUGUGCCUUACACUCAUGCUAAUGUCAGUUUGGCAUACAAAGAUUUUGGAUACAAGCCAACUACAGAUUUGAGUAGUGGAUUGAGGAAGUUUGUUAAGUGGUAUGUUGGGUAUUAUGGCAUUCAGACUAAGGUAAAAACUCAAAAUGAUAUCAACACUGAGCAUCUUGAGGAUUGAUUGAACCUUUCCUUUUUCUUUUCUUUUUAGAUUAAUUUAUAAAAUUCUGCUCUUAUUUUUUUUUUUUUCUUUUGAGUAAUUUGCUGUAAUGGGUUCAAAGUUGUUGCAGCUUUGUUGUUAUUGUUGUUGUUGAUUAUGUAGAAUAUAGAAAUAGAUUUGAUACAGAAGAAGAAGAGAUAAAGAUGUGAAUUCAAGAAAUUGAAGAAGAAGAAGGGGAAAGUUGUAGAUCUGUGAAGUUUGAGUUGUAAUAAUUCUGGUGGGGUCUGCUAGAAAGGAUGUAGAUCUCAACCAUUAAAAUUCAUAUUUAAAGAAAAAAAAAAACUUGUGAUUGAACAACAAUGAUGACAUCAAGAUUCUUGUG